GAGCCGUUCCUCAUUGGCGUGUCUGGGGGAACGGCUUCGGGCAAGACAACAGUGUGUGAGCAGAUCAUUCAACAAUUGCACGAUCAUAGAGUGGUGCUGGUGCACCAGGACUCCUUCUAUCGAGGGCUGACAGAGGAGGAGCUGAAACAUGCCAGUGACUUCAACUUCGACCAUCCUGAUGCAUUUGACACGGACGCCCUGCUCUCAACAAUCAUUGCUCUCAAGGAGGGGCGGUCGGUGGAGAUCCCAGUGUAUGAUUUCAAGACACACCAACGGAGCACGGCUGUGAGGAAGACUAACCCGGCCGACGUAAUAAUCCUGGAGGGCAUUCUGGUGUUCCACGAUGCGAGGGUGCGGGCGCUGAUGAACAUGAAGAUCUUUGUGGAUACAGAUGCCGACGUGCGAUUGGCCAGGAGGAUUCGCAGGGAUACACUGGAGCGAGGGCGAGACGUGCAAGGGGUGAUUGACCAGUACGCUCGGUUUGUCAAGCCAGCCUUUGACGAUUUCGUCCUGCCAUCCAAGAAAUUCGCCGACAUCAUCAUCCCAAGAGGGGGAGACAACCACGUGGCAGUGAACCUGAUAGUGCAGCACAUAGGCUCCAAGCUGGGCCAGCACGACCUGAGGAAGAUCUACAGCAACGUACAUGUUAUAGAGUCAACGUUCCAGGUGCGAGGCAUGCACACGCUGAUUCGCAACAGGGAAACCAAGAAGCACAACUUUGUCUUUUACGCCGACCGCCUCAUUCGCCUCUUGGUUGAGCAUGGGUUGGGCCACCUCCCAUUCACCGAGAUUCAAGUCACCACCCCCACAGGCUCCACAUAUGUGGGAAUCAACUUUAGCAGGAAGCUCUGUGGAGUGUCCAUCAUUCGAAGUGGCGAGAGCAUGGAGAACGCUCUAAGAGCGUGCUGCAAGGGAGUGAAGAUUGGAAAGAUACUCAUUCACAGGGAAGGGGACUAUGGCAAGCAGGGGGUGAAGAUGGGCCGAACGCCCAUCCAUGGGGACGGCGACUUUGGCAAGCAGCUCAUAUACGAGAAACUCCCAAGGGACAUUGCUCAGAGGCAUGUGAUGCUGCUCGACCCUGUGCUCGCAUCAGGGAUUAACGAGGAGUACAGAGUGGUUCCAGGAAUGGGGGAGUUUGGGGACCGGUACUUUGGCACAGAGGAGGGGGAUGCAGGGAGGGAUGAUGAUGGUGAUGUUCUCGGUCACGGGGGUGGCGGCGGUGGUUUCGGCGGAGGAGGCCGCGGCGGAAGGGGCCCGCAUGGCCCGCCGAUCGACGCGUCCGUCACGGGCAAUCUCACUGGUCGAGUGGGCGCGUGGGUCGCCAACUGCUCAGCGGACAUCGGCGCGACUCGCGGAAAGUUCCUGCUCGCGGUCUUUAAGGACGAGUCGUCGGGCUCGCCCGUCUACAACCUCUAUUUCGAUGCAGAUCUCGACGAGUACGACGGCACCGCGCCCGACACGAUCUCCAUCGUGCAAGGCGCCGCGUGCGACUCGACCGCCACCGCCGCCCUCAGUCUGCCGUCCACCGGCUGGGCCACCGAGACGCGCGGCGGGCGCGGCGGGUCGCACACGGAGCUGCGCGUGAAGGGCACCGUGGAUGGUGCAGACGCGACGGUCGUUGAGGCGAUUCUUGCGGGCGUGCCGAACGCGACGGUGACGCAGAAUGUUUUCACCAAGGUGAUCAACGGCGCGAAGCAGGGCGUCCAGAACGCGCUCGGCGGACGCCGCCGCGGGCGCGAGCUCGCGGUGAACAGCGCGGGGAAGCUGACGCAGCAGUUCCUGAAGCGCCAGCGCGCGCGCCUCGCGUGGAUGGGCGCGAAGACCAAGGCGCUGUUCGCGACGUUCAUCGGGACUACCGACACCACGAAUGAUUCGCCCUACGCUGUCAUUUUCACUGACAGCACGACCGGCAACUCCUGGAGUGCCGCGCUCACGGGGAACUUCGGCAAGUGUGGCGGUGGCGGCGGGCGUGGUGGUAACGGGCCUGACGGUGACGGUGAUGGCCCUGGUGGCGCUGGUGGCGCUGGUGGGCGUGGGGGCCGUGGUGGCUUUGGUGGUGGCUACUAG